AUGGAGCCUAUCGGUGUCGCUAGCCUCACACGGCUCUUCAGCAACUGCAUAGAAUGCUUCCAUCUUGCGCAGCAAGGCCGCUAUCUCGGCCGGGAUUACCAUAUUCUUGAAACCAAGUUCAUGAACCAGCGCCUACGCCUUUUGGCAUGGGGUCGUGCAUGUGGCUUGGCCCCUCAGAAUAUCACCCCUCCCAAGGUGGCUAACAUCACUUGGACCGAAGAUGCACGCAUUGCAGUCUCAGAUACUUUAACUCGGAUUUCCUGCCUCUUUGAGGAACGUCGCAAGCUCCACGAAGUGUAUGGCUUGAGAGUAAUGGGGGACUGUAUUCGGGGGAGGAGGAGAUCCUCUGCGUCUAAAGCCUUGGAACCAAUAGUCAAUCUUGCCCUAAAGCUGCAGAGUCAUGCCGCACACUCAGGGGUCGGAAACUUCGCAGCAAACUUCUUAUCCUCGGGCAAACAUCCUGGGACAGAUGUGAAAACGCCAAUGCGCUGGGUGAUCUCCGACAAGGCCAAGUUUGCCGAACUGAUACAGCAUCUAAAGGAUUUCAUCGACGAUCUGGAAAACCUUACCAGCCCUUUCAACGUUUCUCAACUCCAGAGAGAGCUCAUCCGUGCCGAAAUGGAUAGCAUCAAUGACACUGACGAGCUCGCAAUCAUCGAGGAAGCUCACAUCGGCACCUCUGACCCCGUGGCAGACGCCGCAACCCUCAGAUUGGCCCAGAUCCAAGCCAGCGCAAAAGUAGGCCCCACACCAGAGCUCACCAUAACCGACUACGACGUCAAGGACCCCCAACCCCCUCCAUAUGACCCUCCAAGUCCCCAAGAUGACGAACCAGACUGGUACCUUAUCACACCCCCCUCGUCAGCCAAGUCCUCCAGUGUCCAAACCUGGUUCAGUCACCAAGAACUUCACCGUGUCAUUUGUGAGACCAGGUCAGCCCGUAUCUUCCUUGACCCGCCAACUUAUUACUCUGUCGGGCCCCGUGAAUCAACUCAAUGGCUCUUCAUCGACCAGGACUCGCCUCUCAAGAACCCCGAGGCGUUGCACCUCUCGGGUUGUAGGCCCCUGAAGAACUUGAAGGGAUACCUCGCGCAGAAUUCGCAGCUCUUCUUCCUAGUGUUUAGGGAAUACACGUGCUCACAUGAAUUCGGCACGUUCAGGGAGGUUGUCCCUUCUGAGCCGAAGAUCUACAUUGCUUCGGAGGCGUUGGCGAAGGAGUUGAAGAAGUUGAUGGGGGAGUUCUGGAAACGAGACGCGGGUAUGUGGCCUGAUUUUGCGGUGGGGAUGGAGUUGAGCUGGCCAUAUGAGUGGUACUUGUAUAAUUGGGAAAGAAUUCGAGCGCACUUGGCCAAUAUGACGAGACCGGUUACCGAAGUCGAGGCUGCGACUGAGACUCUGCUCAAGAUUGUGGAGAAGCAUAGUCGGGGGUUGUUCCAGAGUCUGGAGAGUUUGAAGAGCACGAUCACUUGGUCAUUGCUUCCUUUCAUAUUUGCCCCUGGCGAGCUAGUUGUCCAAUUAUCUCCAAAUAACGACAAUGAUAUCGCUGUCUUCCAGCAAAGUGGCAUUCCUCGGGUCAUCCAAACAACGGAUGAACCUUCUGAAGAAGUCCUCGAGAUUCCGGUGAAACGCCACAAGCACGAUUGGUACUGUGGGGAUCAGUCCACGUCCGAGUUCCAUCUCCGCAUCCCGCGGUCCCUGUUCGGAGACAAGUCAAGAGAGAAAGGCGGCAUUCCCGUCGCUAUUUCUUCCCUACAAGUUGUGCCGCUAUCGCUGGCCAAGGACUGUGACCCGGAGUACCUCAUCCAACGUGGUAAGAAGGUUGAAGAGCUGACCCGCGGGCUAGGCUUAGUGGUCUAUACCGACCCACAUCAGGACAGUCUCAACGGCGAGUACAUCCUCGAUCUCAACCUGUAUACCCAACAAACCUCCCUCUCCCCUCAAACCCCCAAAUGGACACCCCCAUCCAAGCCUCAACACCUCUCCCCCAACUCCUCAUCCUCCUCUCUCUCUCAACAAUCCGACGCCCUCCGCAAGCGCAUCCGCGCCCUCUACCGCAUACCCCCCUCUGUCGACAAAGACCGACAGCUAGACAACAAAACCCUGCAAUGUAUGCCCUACGCCCUACCGGGCUUCUCCCUGCGCGACCACGUCUGGCGGAAGCUCCUUGUGCGCAACAUGCAACCCAAACAAUGGCCGGACGCAGAGAUUGAGGAGUUAUUAGUGGGAAAUGAAGCGGUGGGGUCGCUGAAGAGAUUGCUUACGCCGUGGGAGAAAGAGAGUGUGAGGAGUUGGUGUCAAGGGACGAAUGAAAGCGAGGAGGGUUGUCAGACAAGGGUGGUGAUCGGGUUGGAUGGGGGGAAUAUCGAGGCUGCGUUGAGCAUCGCAUCGAGGGUGACAAAGAGGGGAAUGUAUCGGAUUCAGUUAUCGCGUUGGGCUGGGGAGCUGGAGGCGGUGUUUAGCAAGGCGAAGGUGCACAACCUAAGAUGGGGGUGCAUCUUCGUUAUUGAGGACAUCCUCGAGGCGUUAGUCGCACAGCCAGAUGUCACUGCGCGCGAGAAGCAAGUCAUCAAGCCAGUGGUCCAGUUCCUCGAUACUUUCAGUGGCAUUGCUAUCUUGAAAAUGCCUGGGGCGUCGCGGCUGAAGUCAGAACCGAGACAUAAGGUCCUGGCGCAGCAGCUGAUAGAGAUUGAGAGCAGGUUGUGCAGUUUUCUCUCCCUCCUGCAAACUGAAUCGCUCCCAGCCGUCCGGUACGAGCUGUGGGCAUGUGGCAUACAGCAGCGACUCAAUCCGCAAUGUGGGUUCACAGCGAACCAGGCUCCGGCACGGCUGAAGACGCUUUCACAGUAUGAUUUGCGGUGGAAGACAAUCCAGUCUAUCAUCCAGGCGGUCGUGCCGAUGGGUUCCGAACCAGAGAAGAUUAAGUGGGCGCAGUUGGAGGAGUUGUGCAAGCAGCAUACCGCUCUUUCUAUGCGAGGCCCUUAA